AGAUGAAACUACAACUCCAACAAUUCCUAUUUAAAAACAGAGUUACGUACCUGUUAUUAAGAUAACCGUAGCGCCUGAGAGAAGUUUCUUUUUCGCACUGAUACAGGAACACCCCCGACAUCCGAAACUUCAUUUUAGCUUCAUAAAAUAAAUGAAAAACAGUCAUGAGAUCAGCGGUUAAGCUCAAGUAGCCGGCCGGAUGGUACGGCCCGACGUCCAGUAACACUAACGUUAGUUUAGCUGGAUAACCCAGUUUUCCUCUUUACCUAAAUGUUUUAGUCGGUUUACAGUUCAGUCUUUUAUCUUCACUGAGAACUAAGCUUAAGCAGACAUGGUUGCUGAGUGUUUCUCUUGUGGUUGGUGAGAGGAAGCAGUGGGCGUGUCUGGACUGAGUGAGAGGUCAUGGCCAGCCAGUGCAGCAGUGUGGACUCCAGAGCCACGUUAGGGGGUGUGGGCUCCAUUAACUCCACUCCCAUAUCUGCCCGCAUCGAAUCCUACGAAGGAGUGGAGAAGAAGUGCAUCUCUGAUGUCAGGAGAACUUUCUGCCUGUUUGUGACCUUUGACCUCCUGUUCGUCACUCUGCUCUGGAUCAUUGAGCUCAAUGUCAAUGGAGGAAUACAAGAGGAGCUAAAAAAGGAGGUGUUACAAUAUGACUACCAUAAAUCCUUCUUUGAUAUUUUUGUUUUGGCUGCCUUCCGAUUUAUGGUUUUGAUCCUGGCAUAUGCAGUGUGUCGAUUGCGCCACUGGUGGGCCAUCGCGAUAACUACAGCUAUCACCAGUGCGUUCUUGAUUGCAAAAGUUAUUAUAUCAAAGCUGCUCUCUCAGGGAGCAUUUGGUUAUCUACUGCCUAUAAUCUCUUUCAUCCUGGCAUGGAUAGAGACCUGGUUUCUGGACUUUAAAGUUCUUCCACAGGAAGCUAAUGAUGAGAACAGGUAUCUGACGAUACAAAACAUUGCAGAAAGAGCUCCUCUUGUGCACCCAGGGCCGAUCUCAGACGGCCAGUUUUACUCACCACCAGACUCUGUGGCAGAUUCGGAUGAAGAGCUUGAUGAUAAACAUGACCUUGAGAAGCCCAUUGUCUAGCAGGAGUAUCGGGUCAUAAAACUGCCAAACUGCUGAAUAGUGUCAUUAAAGCCUCGAUGUGAAUCGAGCCAGCGCUCUCUGCUCUCUAUGGUUCAUUAUCUGAAGUGAUCUGGACGGUCAGUCUGCCUCGGAUCCAUCAUCACCACUUCUGCAGUACCACUGUCAGCGCCGCUGCAGCACUCCAAACUAUCAAUGCAAUCAUUUUACAAUGCCACAAAAUCUUUAUCAUGUCUUAAUGGAUGCUGGGCCGCAUGUACACGGCCCUGAUGUUUACAUGUUUGUCAAAUCGCUGAUGGACAGAUAUCACAGUUAUGAAGGAACCAUCUACUCGCUUGUUCUUUUUCUGCUUGUGCUGCACUUUCACAUUGUUUCCCCUCAACAGAGUGGCAGACGAGUCCUCGUUCUCCGCCGUCCUCGUGGCCCUACUGUAGCAAAUGGCCGCCAUCGUUAAUGUAAAUGCUCUGACUUUAGCGGUCUUAAAUUCGACAUUAAGGGUUUGAUGCAUACAACACAGAGCCCUUACAUGUGAACAGUAUUUAUAGGUUAAAGUUGCAGCUACACAAGCACUUAUUAGUGAUCAUUUUGCAAUAUAUCAAAGCAUUUAGCCUUUUUAUUACAUUACCACUAAUAUGCUAGGCAUCAGUUUGUGUAUAGGAAAUUGACCAUUGACCAUUAUAGGCAGUUAUAUACUGUAUUACCUAUAAUAUGUUCAGAACAGUUUGUUUACCUGCAAAACAACUUUGAAAAUAAAGGGCUCACCUCAUUUCGCAUGAUCUUAAACUAAGUCUGCCACCGAUAUGAAGCAUGACUUGUAAAUGGUUUGUCCAUGUUGUAUAUUAGGAAACAUUCCUGAAUGCCUAAAGCGUAUCAAUUCAAUAGCGACUUCUUCUGUUACCGACUUUAUUUGUGACUUUCUGUGUUGAUCAAUAAGCCACGCUUACAGAUAAGGGCUUACACACCUGGUGCUUAUCUGGCGCCUUCAGCCUUCUUGAUGUACACUAUUUAGAAAAUCACUUUUUAAUGCACGUACACCUAAUGCCAUUCUUUUUCAUGAUAACUGUGAACUAAUUUGUUUUAAUUAAAGUUUUCUGUUUGUCAUUUUGAA